GCGGAUCAAGUGCAAGUCGGGUGGACAGCCUUUGGCAUCAACUGUUUUCAGCGGACGAAAAAGUGACAGGCGGAAAAGGCGACAUAUAAUUUAUGGGCGAGUCAUACUCAGGCGCAGCAGCAAUAAAUCACUUAUGGCACAUCUUUACGAGGAAUAUGCAAGCUGGUCAAAAAUCUCAAGCCGGUCAAAAAUUUCAAACUGUGUGGCCGUAGACGGAUCAAUUCACCAAGCAUGCGGGCAAAUAUGUGGGAUGGUUUCACAUCAACGGCACGAUCAUCAUCAUCAUCAUUAUUCAUCCCUACUUUUGUGGUGAAACCCCAAAGAGAAAGCGGCAACAAAAGGAGCAGCGGCAAACAUCGUAUCGACAAACAGUGUCCAUCGCUACCUAUGAUGGCCACAUGGAGCAAGAUACUUCAGCGACAAAAACUGCAACAAUGCAUACGACAAUUCAAUCCGUUCAGAAUCACAAGGUGUAAUGUGACGGCAACACUCAUUACAACUAUUCAAAUCAGUCAACGUCAAGUCAAGGAGAUGAAAACAAUCCUCAUCUAUCUCGGUUUACGACGAGGAGACUUGUGGAGACAGCAGCAUGGCGACAAAAAGACGACAUUGGCAUUGUCAGCUUUCAAUAUGGGGACAACAUCGGGCAAUGGACGGCCAUUCGAAUGCGUCUUCAUCAUUUCUAUCAGACGGCACCAAAGCAGAAAGACUGGCGACUUCUAUUAUGGUGGCAAUUGAGUGCAAAAGACAAACAGUAAAAACUGGGUAGCUGUA